AUGGCUCAGACUGUCUCUGGAUACUCGGUCGGCAUUGAUCUCGGUACGACGUACUCGUGCGUCGGUGUGUGGCAGAAUGACCGCGUAGAGAUUAUUGCUAACGACCAAGGUAACCGUACGACGCCGUCCUACGUGGCAUUCACGGACACGGAGCGUCUUAUUGGUGAUGCCGCUAAGAACCAAGUGGCUAUGAACGCACACAACACGGUGUUCGACGCCAAGCGCCUCAUUGGUCGCAAGUUUUCGGACCCGAUCGUUCUAGCUGACACGAAGCACUGGCCUUUUAAAGUCACGUCUGGUGCCGGUGACAAGCCACAGAUUACGGUGCAAUUCAAGGGCGAGUCAAAGACGUUCCAGCCUGAGGAGAUCUCGUCCAUGGUCCUGAUUAAGAUGCGUGAGGUGGCGGAAGCUUUCAUCGGCAAGGAGGUGAAGAAUGCAGUGAUUACGGUACCGGCCUAUUUCAAUGACUCGCAGCGUCAAGCCACCAAGGACGCCGGUGCCAUUGCUGGACUUAAUGUGCUCCGUAUUAUCAACGAACCGACGGCUGCUGCUAUUGCCUAUGGUCUGGACAAGAAGGGCGGCGAACGUAACGUGCUGAUCUUUGAUCUUGGCGGCGGUACCUUUGACGUGUCGCUACUAAGCAUUGAAGAGGGCAUUUUUGAGGUGAAAGCCACAGCUGGUGACACGCAUUUGGGUGGUGAGGACUUUGACAACCGUCUGGUAGACCACUUCACCCAGGAGUUCAAGCGUAAGCACCGCAAGGACAUUACGGAGAACCAGCGUGCCCUCCGUCGUCUACGUACAGCGUGUGAGCGCGCAAAGCGUACACUCUCGUCGUCGGCACAGGCGUACAUUGAGAUUGAUUCUCUGUUCGAUGGUAUUGAUUUCAACUCGACCAUCACGCGUGCGCGUUUCGAAGACAUGUGCGGUGACUACUUCCGCAAGACGAUGGAGCCUGUGGAGAAGGUGUUGCGUGACGCAAAGCUGUCCAAGAGCCAGGUGCACGAGGUGGUACUUGUUGGUGGGUCGACGCGUAUCCCCAAGGUGCAGCAGCUGCUGUCGGACUUCUUUAACGGCAAGGAGCCCAACAAGUCAAUUAACCCUGAUGAGGCUGUUGCCUACGGUGCUACCGUCCAGGCUGCCAUUCUGAGUGGCAACGAUUCAUCGGAGAAGCUACAGGACCUGCUUUUGCUGGAUGUGACGCCUUUGUCGCUUGGUCUAGAGACGGCUGGUGGUGUCAUGACGACGCUGAUUGCACGUAACACGACUGUACCGACCAAGAAGUCGCAAACGUUCUCGACAUACGCGGACAACCAGCCGGGUGUUCUGAUCCAGGUGUUUGAAGGCGAGCGGUCCAUGACACGCGACAACAAUUUGCUGGGCAAGUUUAACUUGGACGGUAUCCCGCCCAUGCCUCGUGGCGUGCCUCAGAUUGACGUAACCUUCGACAUCGAUGCGAAUGGCAUUUUGAACGUGUCGGCUGUGGAGAAGUCGACGGGCAAGGAGAACAAGAUCACGAUCACAAAUGACAAGGGUCGUUUGUCGCAGGCUGAUAUUGACCGUAUGGUGUCGGAAGCCGAGAAGUACAAGUCGGAGGACGAGGCUAAUAAGGUGCGCAUUGAGGCCAAGAACGCUCUUGAGAACUACUCCUACAAUUUGCGUAAUACGCUCAACGACGAGAAGUUGAAGGACCAGAUUUCGGAGGAUGACAAGAAGGCGAUUGAGGACAAGGUGACCGAGACCAUUAACUGGUUGGAUGCAAACCAGUCAUCGGAGAAGGAGGAGUACGAAGGAAAGCAGAAGGAGCUCGAGGGUGUGGCCAACCCGAUUCUGCAGAAGAUGUACGCUGCUGCUGGCGGUAUGCCUGGUGGUAUGCCCGGCGGCAUGCCUGGUGGCAUGCCCGGUGCUGGCGCUCCCCCUGCUGGCGCGCCGGACCAGGGCCCCAAGAUUGAGGAAGUCGAUUAA